GCGUUAAACAAUAAUUCCCUUUACUCUCUUCUAUAAAUGCCCCUCACAACACAAUCCCUUCUCCCACCACUUUGUUAAUUAAAUAAAAGAAAAAAAAACAUUUCAAUUAUUCACUUUGAGAAACACAUGCAGACAAUGGAAGGAAGACAAUAUUACAAAAAUCAUGAAGGAAACAAUCAUAGCUCUUCCAUGGUGGUGCCUCACUCGGCGUGGCACUCUCCGGUUCCUUAUCUCUUCGGUGGUUUGGCCGCCAUGUUUGCUCUCAUCGCCUUCGCUCUUCUCAUACUCGCUUGUUCUUACUGGCGACUCUCUGGUUCGGCUGAGAGAGAUCUCGAGGACGGAGAGGAUGGCAAAUCCGACGGCGACACUCACAAGGAAAGGACUACGGCGAUGCCGGAGAAGUUUCUCGUCAUCAUGGCCGGCGAUGUCAAACCAACUUACUUGGCUACGCCGGCGAAUAGGUCUGACUACAGUUGUACUUGCGGCGAUCAUAAGGAAGAAGUGGCUAGUGAUCAGGUGGUGCGGCAGAACACUGGAACUUGAAAAACAGAACAAUCAUUAUGGACUCUGAACUGUUAACGGGUCCGGCCGGGUCAUAGUUAUGCUGACCUUAGAGGAGCGGAUUGGAUAAAAUUGGGUUUUAUAACUUUUAUUUUAUUAUUUUUGUCUGCUUAAACGAUGUUUAUGCAUCGUUAGUAUGGUUUUGGUUUUUUUUUUUAACUUAUUCUCCACUAUUUUCCCGUUUAUGGGUCAAGAAGGAGAACUUGAAUAGAUGAUUAGUAACUACUAUGAUGCUUAAGUACCUUAUGAGCUGCUUAACUACAUAUAUCGUUGUGAUUCAUGUCGGAU